CAGAAAUAUCUUGAGUUAAUUCGAGACAAGAGAGAAAUCGAACUGAACUUGAUUACUAAUAUUUUCUGCCAACUAUAACAGAUAAGAAGUUUAAUUGGUCUACAAAACAUGAGGGUUGUGAGUGCGAGUGUGUUGAUGGUGUUGCUUGCGGCCACCCUCGCUGCCGCAGCGCCUAAAAAGCAAGGAUCAGACUACAAACCGCUGCCCUCGGUCAAGAAGAACAUAAACGGUCGGGCUGUUGAAGUUUGUACUACUCCGGAAUGCACGUUGUCUGCAGCUGCCAUCAUAGAAGCACUCGACCUAACCGUUGAUCCUUGCGAUGACUUCUACCAGUUCGCUUGUGGUGGCUGGGCGGCCAAAAAUCCAGUUCCAGAUUCAUCGUCCAGCUGGUCUCAAUUCAGUGUCCUGGAUGACCAACUGAGCAAUGCCAUCAGUAAGAUCUUGGUUGAACCUGUUGACGUACAAGAGCCGGCACCCAUCAACCAAGCGAAGUGGCUCUACGCCCAGUGCAUCGACGAAGCUGCCAUCGAGUCUGCAGGGACAACUCCUUUAACAGACAUCCUGGCCGAAAACGGAGGAUGGCCAAUGGCCAGUGGAUCUUGGGUUUCUGCGCUAUUUAAUUGGGAAUUUACAGUGGCAUACGGAAGACGAGAUUACGGCUACAGCACAUUGUUGGAUGUCUGGGUCUUCGCAGAUGAGAAGUCAACAUCUGAAACUGCUCUGUAUUUAGACCAGACCAGCCUUGGCAUGCCGAGAUCUGUUUUGACCGAUCAAAGCAACUACGAAGAGCGUUUCCAAGCAUACAAAACCUACAUAAAAACAACAGCUCAAAUAAUCGCCGCUGAUUUGGGUGAAACCGUCGAUGAAGCUGCUUUGGAUCAGCAAGUGGAAGACUUGGUGGCAUUCGAGGUAGAAUUGGCUGCGAUCACAACACCGAGUGAAGAUAGAAGAGACAUCGAGAGAAUGUACAAUCCAAUGACCAUUGCUGAUUUGGAUGGUCUAAUGACAGGAUUUACGGUCUCCUGGUUGUCUGUGCUCAACUUCAUGUUCGCGAAUGUUGGGAUUACACUAGAAAGUUCGUCAAGAAUCAUCGUUCAAGAGAUUGAGUACAUCCAAAAGCUUGGGGAUCUUUUAGCAGUCACAGAUCAAAGGGUCGUUGCCAACUAUUUACUGUGGAGGUUUGUGAAGGAUUUAGGAGACGACACAAACGCAGCCAUGAGAGAUGCGUCCUUCCAGUAUAACAAAGUGGCAAGUGGAGUCUCUGUCCAGCGAUCUCGAACUGAUGUUUGUGCCGAUGAGACUAACUCUUUGAUGGGCAUGGCCGUUGGUUACAAAUACGUGGCGCAGUACUUUUCGGCUCAAGCCAAAAAUGAGUCUAAUUAUCUCGUUGAGGAUUUGAGAACCGCCUUCAAGGACCUGCUUACGGUCAACGAAUGGAUGGAUGAUGAAACCAAACCUCUGGCUUUAGAAAAAGCUGACGCCAUCAACAAGUUCAUCGGUUACCCGGAUUGGUAUGAAGAACCCAAUGGCCUGGAGGAUUACUAUGUCCUUCUGACAGGCAUAACUGCCUCUUCAUCCCAUUUUGAAAACAUCAAAGCUGCCAGGUUGUGGUGGAGCAGCACAGAACUGGAUGACCUGGGUGCUCCCACAGACAAGCAGCAAUGGUUCAUGUCCCCCACAACAGUCAACGCCUACUACGAGCCGGAGUUCAACUCCAUCACCUUCCCGGCCGGUAUCUUACAGCCUGUUUUCUACCGCGCCAACACCCUACAGGCCAUCAACUAUGGUGCUAUUGGGCAGGUGAUGGGCCACGAAAUCACGCAUGGCUUCGACGACCAGGGAAGCCAGUACGACAAAGACGGUAACGCCAUCCCGUGGUGGUCAAACGCGACGCAGCAGGCGUUCAAGGAGAAGGCGCAGUGCGUCAUAGAUCAGUACGAGAGCUACACCGUGCCUGAGAUCGACUACCUACUUCCUGGGGCGCAUGUCAAUGGGAUUAAUACGCAGGGUGAGAACAUCGCAGACAACGGCGGCCUACGUGAGGCCUACUUGGCCUACCAACUGUACGUGCAGGACCACGGAGUCGAGCCUCUCCUGCCAGGGCUCGAGCAGUUCUCACCCAAUCAAAUAUUCUUCCUGAGCAACGCCAACGUCUGGUGCACCUCCAUCACCGACGAGGGACUUCUUAACCAGAUAUUGGUCGACCCUCACUCGCCACACCAGUUCCGCGUCAUCGGGCCCAUGAGCAACAUGGCCGAGUUCUCUUCUGAAUUCCAAUGUCCACUUGGAUCGAAAAUGAACCCCGCAAACAAAUGCAUCGUUUGGUAAAAAUUAUCCGUGUCUAUACAUAGUUAUGGUAAAUGGUUGAUGGAUAUAUCAGUGCUUAUCAGUGCUUUAUUUCGAUACAUGACAAAAUCAUUUAAACCAAUCAAAUAAAUCCGAAUGUUCUUGCACAAAACAGCGGGGACAACGCUGUUUUGGGGAUUAAUAAUUCAGGAUUAAUAAUUCAUAUUAAUCAAAUCACAUAAUUUGAGCGUAAGAUUUUCCUAUUAAAGCCCCGAUGAAAAUACCAACUGCGUGGUCGUAACUAAUAUCUUAUUUUUUACGGUAAUCGACACUGAAAUAAUGUCCGAAACAAAUUCUCAAUAUUCACGAUGAACUUGAUGAAGAGUCAAUAUCUUAAACACAAAGAAACUGAAGAGCAAGCACACGUGAAAGUUAUUAACAAAGAGCAGCGUGUAAACGGAAACAAACUGAGAUUGUGUGUUUCUUUCUAAGGCGCUUUCGACAUCCGAUCACCUACUAAAUUUGCAAAGGAAAAAAAUUGUAUCAUUGAAAAGUU